CGCGCAUGCGUCCGCCCCAUUCCCAUAGCAACCCGCCGGCUAAGGGUACGUGGGGGAGGGACCACCCGUAUGUUGGUAGGUCACGCACAGCCCUUUUCUUUACCAAGAUGGCGGCCGGCCCCUCGGCCUUGUACCCAGCAUAGGCUUCGCUGCGGGCCUACUAGAGCAAAAGCUGGCAGGCUGACAAACGGGCAGCUUACAGGACGGACUCCCUGGCUACUGACCAUUUAGCUGUGGCAUACCCGGAUUGUGUGUGGGUGGGAAGUCGACAAUGAGCUCCGUGGCAGUUUUGACCCAGGAGAGCUUUGCUGAACACCGCAGCGGCCUGACUCAGCAGCAGGUGAAAGUUACAGCUUUAAACUCUGAAGAAGAGAAUGAUCCUCCAACCUACAAGGAAGCCUUCCCUCCGCUCCCUGAGAAAGCACCAUGUUUGGAAGCUGCCCAGGAACCUGCUGGGCCCUGGAGCAAAAUCCGACCAAUAAAGGCUUCUGUCAUCACUCAGGUGUUUCAUGUGCCACUGGAGGAGAGGAAAUACAAGGACAUGAAUCAGUUUGGAGAAGGCGAGCAGGCCAAGAUCUGCCUUGACAUCAUGCAGAAGACAGGAGCUCACCUGGAGCUGUCUCUCGCAAAGGACCAGGGCCUUUCGAUCAUGGUCUCUGGCAAGCUGGAAGCAGUCAUGAAGGCUCGAAAAGAGAUUGUCGCUCGGCUGCAGACUCAGGCUUCAGCGACAGUUGCCAUCCCUAAGGAGCACCACCGUUUUGUCAUUGGAAAGAAUGGCGAGAAACUGCAGGACCUGGAGCUCAAAACUGCAACCAAAAUCCAGAUCCCCCGCCCGGAUGACCCCAGCAACCAGAUCAAGAUCACCGGCACUAAAGAAGGGAUUGAGAAGGCCCGACACGAGAUCCUGCUUAUCUCUGCUGAGCAGGAUAAGCGUGCCGUGGAGCGGCUGGAUGUGGAGAAAGUGUACCACCCUUUCAUAGCUGGCCCUUACAACAAGCUGGUGAGCGAACUCAUGCAGGACACAGGGACGCGCAUCAACAUUCCUCCACCCAGCGUCAACAAGACAGAGAUAGUCUUCACAGGAGAAAAGGAGCAGCUAGCCCAGGCCGUGGCUCGUGUUAAGAAGAUCUAUGAGGAAAAGAAAAAGAAGACUACUACCAUUGCAGUGGAGGUGAAGAAGUCCCAGCACAAGUAUGUCAUCGGCCCCAAGGGGAAUUCCCUGCAGGAGAUCUUGGAGAAAACUGGAGUCUCUGUCGAGAUCCCACCCACUGACAGUAGCUCGGAGACGGUGAUACUGCGAGGCGAGCCUGAAAAGCUUGGGCAAGCAUUGACUGAAGUCUAUGCAAAGGCCAACAGUUUUACCGUCUCCUCGGUCUCUGCCCCCUCUUGGCUUCAUCGUUUCAUUAUUGGAAAGAAAGGACAAAACCUGGCCAAAAUAACUCAGCAGAUGCCAAAGGUUCACAUCGAAUUCACUGAAGGAGAGGAUAAAAUCACUUUGGAAGGACCUACAGAAGAUGUGAAUGUGGCUCAGGAACAGAUUGAAGUCAUGGUCAAGGAUCUGAUCAACCGGAUGGAUUAUGCAGAAAUCAAUGUUGACCACAAAUUCCACCGACACCUCAUUGGCAAGAAUGGAGCUAACAUUAACAGGAUUAAGGACCUCUACAAGGUGUCUGUGCGCAUUCCCCCGGACAAUGAGAAGAGCAACCUGAUCAGAAUUGAAGGAGACCCACAGGGGGUCCAACAGGCCAAGAAAGAGCUGCUGGAACUCGCUUCCCGUAUGGAAAAUGAACGCACCAAGGACCUAAUCAUUGAACAGAAAUUCCACCGGACCAUCAUUGGGCAGAAGGGCGAGCGGAUCCGGGAAAUCCGGGAGAAAUUCCCAGAGGUUAUCAUCAACUUCCCAGACCCUGCGCACAAGAGUGACAUCGUCCAACUUAGAGGUCCCAAAAAUGAGGUGGAGAAGUGCACCAAGUACAUGCAAAAGAUGGUGGCAGACCUGGUUGAAAACAGCUUUUCUAUUUCUGUCCCCAUCUUCAAACAGUUCCACAAGAACAUCAUAGGGAAAGGAGGUGCCAACAUCAAGAAGAUCCGUGAAGAAAGCAACACCAAAAUUGAUCUCCCAGCAGAGAACAGCAACUCAGAGACAAUAGUUAUCACAGGCAAGAGAGCAAAUUGUGAGGCUGCUCGCCACAGAAUUCUUGCCAUCCAGAAGGAGCUGGCCAACAUCACAGAGGUGGAGGUCUCUAUUCCUUCCAAACUGCACAAUUCCCUCAUUGGCGCCAAAGGCCGCUUCAUCCGCUCCAUCAUGGAGGAGUGUGGUGGAGUCCACAUCCACUUCCCCACUGAGGGCUCUGGCAGUGACACCGUCACCAUCAGGGGCCCAGCCCAGGAUGUGGAGAAAGCCAAGAAACAGCUGCUGCACCUGGCAGAGGAGAAGCAUGUUCCAUGGGUAUCUGACUCCUUUCAGCAAACAAAGAGUUACACCGUGGACCUCCGUGCAAAGCCAGAGUACCACAAAUUCCUUAUUGGUAAGGGUGGUGGCAACAUCCGUAAGGUGCGUGACAACACUGGGGCCCGUAUCAUCUUCCCAACCUCUGAGGACAAAGAUCAGGAACUGAUUACUAUCAUGGGAACUGAGGAGGCUGUCAAAGAGGCGCAGAAGGAGUUGGAGGCCCUCAUCAAGAACCUGGAUAAUGUGGUUGAAGACUCCAUGGUGGUUGACCCCAAGCACCACCGCCACUUUGUCAUCCGGAGAGGGCAAGUUCUGCGUGAGAUUGCAGAUGAGUAUGGUGGUGUGAUGGUCAGCUUCCCACGCUCUGGCACCCAGAGCGACAAAGUCACCCUCAAGGGAGCCAAGGACUGUGUGGAGGCAGCCAAGAAACGCAUCCAGGAGAUCAUCGAGGACCUGGAAGCUCAAGUGACAAUUGAAUGCACCAUCCCACAAAAGUUCCACCGCUCCAUUAUGGGCCCCAAAGGAUCCCGGAUCCAGCAGAUCACCCGGGACUAUGGUGUCCAGAUCAAAUUCCCUGACAGGGAGGAGAACCCAGCCCCUGUUGCAGAGCCAGCUCUGCAGGAGAAUGGUGAGGAAGGUGGGGAAGGCAAGGAUGGGAAGGAUGCAGAUCCCAGCUCUCCAAAGAAGUGUGAUAUCAUCAUCAUCUCUGGCCGCAGGGAGAAGUGUGAGGCAGCAAAGGAGGCACUGCAGGCUCUGGUUCCUGUCACCAUUGAGGUAGAAGUUCCCUUUGAUCUUCACCGUUACAUCAUUGGCCAGAAAGGAAGUGGGAUCCGCAAAAUGAUGGAUGAGUUUGAAGUGAACAUCCAGGUCCCUGCUCCUGAGCUGCAGUCAGAUAUCAUCACCAUCACUGGGCUGGCUACCAACCUUGACCGUGCCAAGGCCGGGCUGCUGGAAAGAGUGAAGGAGCUGCAAGCUGAACAAGAGGAUCGGGCCUUGCGAAGCUUCAAGCUGACAGUCACUGUGGAUCCCAAGUAUCAUCCUAAAAUCAUUGGACGGAAGGGAGCAGUGAUCACCCAGAUACGCACAGAGCAUGAGGUCAACAUCCAGUUCCCCGACAAGGAUGAUGAAAGCCAGGCCCAAGACCAGAUCACCAUCACUGGCUAUGAGAAGAAUGCUGAGGCUGCCCGGGAUGCCAUCAUGAAGAUUGUUGGCGAGCUGGAGCAGAUGGUCUCUGAGGAUGUGACUCUGGACCAUCGCGUUCAUGCACGCAUCAUUGGUGCACGUGGUAAAGCCAUCCGCAAAAUCAUGGAUGAGUUCAAGGUGGAUAUUCGCUUUCCCCAGAGUGGAGCUCCUGACCCCAACUGUGUGACUGUGACAGGACUCCCUGAGAAUGUGGAAGAAGCUAUCGAUCAUAUCCUGAACUUGGAGGAGGAAUAUCUUGCAGAUGUGGUGGACAACGAGGCAAUGCAGGUGUAUAUGAAGCCCUCUUCACAUGAAGAGUCCAAGGCCCCAUCCAAGGGCUUUGUGGUGAGAGAUGCCCCCUGGGCCACUGUCAACAAUGAAAAGGCCCCUGAUAUGAGCAGUUCUGAAGACUUCCCCAGCUUCGGGGCUCAAGUGGCCCCCAAGACUCUUCCCUGGGGACCCAAACGAUAAUGACCUGGAAGCAGAAACUCCUCCAGCCCGCUGACCUGACACUAACCUGCCACAAAUACUUCCUGUCUGAAAUCUGACCCAGCGGCUGGAGCACAAGUCAAUUGCCCCAAGAGGUCUCCUAAUGGUGUCUGGAGUGCUAGACCCCAUCCUGCUCCCCUCAGCUAUCACCGUGGCUAGGACCCACCCUCAUCUCUUGAUGGAUAUUCUUUCCUCUUUGGAACAAGACUUCCACUCAGAUUCAAACACUAAAUGUGUGUGUUUUUGUUAGAAACUUCAUAAUUGACUCAAAGUGGCUAAGAUUUGCAGCUUCCCAAGCGCUAGCAGAGCAAUCUGCUCUUUUGAGCAUGUCUUACUAGGCAUUCUCGCCUUCAUUAGGAGACCUCCUUUACUGUGGCUAGGAAUCUACUUCCUGUCUCAUGACCUCAGGAAAUAAAUUUCCUUGACUUUCUAAAGCCAAAACGUUUGCCCUCUUUCCUUUGUGUUUAUCCCAGGCCUUACCUUACCUUUGUAGAGUGCAAUCAACUUUUUUCCUUUUAACUGCCAAAAACUCAUUUAAUGCUGAUAGCUGACUGUGGGGAGAGCUUAAAAUAAUCUAAAAGGUCAGAAACUUGCUUUUUAAAGGAACAAAACCUUCAAUAGGCUGUAGAGGCAGCAGAGAUGGAAGGGACCAGAACAACGUAUGGCUACCCUGGUCAGGUAAACACCUCUGAGUGCAGCACGUAGUGAGCGCGCCCCUGCACCACACCAAGCACAGCCCCAGCCUGCACGCUUGACGAGUCUUCCAGCGCGUGAUGACAGACCCUGCUCCUAGUUCCCUGCGCUCCCUCAUUCACCCUUCCCAACAGCCAACAGUGUGAGCAGGCAGGCGCGCCAGCACUUGAAAAUAUUACCGGGUGGGACAGAUUUGGGUCGGCCAAGGUUGCUGCGGUGGCAUGGCCCAGGAGAAGCUGGUGGGAAGCACAGCCUUGAGAAGCUGUAGUCCUCUGCUAGCACUGCAGCUUCUAGGUAUGAGCGGUAGGGCUACCUAUUACUAUUGCCUUCUUUCUACCUCAAAAGUCAGUAUGAUGGUGGCCUCUCAGUAUAAGUGGGUAAGCAGCUGUUCCAGCUCUUGCCCUGGCACCCAGAGCAGAAGCGUGGAGGAGAAGCAAGAGGAGCCUUUUGUCUCCAGUGGCUGUGGGAGCUCCUCCGGAGGGAAGCUGAGCACGGUGACAAUGAGGCAGGCUGUGAAUCAGAGAGAGCUGUAGGACUGCUUGCUGAGCUAGAACAGGGCUCAGCCCCAAGGCCGUAGGUGCAGCCUUGCCACAGCCUUCAGCUGCAUAGGUUGUGAGUCAGGCUUCUGCUCUGAUGGCAUUGGGGGGCUGAUGGCAUGGUGCCUUGAGCCCUCCCCGAGGCCUCCAUCGUAUGGGUAGUAGAGGGUGAUCCAUGCUCUGUACUCUGGGCCGCUUGCACCUAGGCCCUGCCACGGCUCGCUCAAAGGGGGCUGUGUCCAAGCUCCUCCAGCCAGUAAGAGGAAAACCACGUCUUUGUGGAGGGAGGCAAGGAGCGUGGGAUUUCUGUGUUCCCUCCUUCCCCUGCCUCAGUCCUACAGAGGUUGUAGUCUGAGCCAUUCCUCUAUCCCAGCUGCUUCAGCUCUUGUCCCUAGCCUCUCUUCUCUAGUGCUGCUUUCGGAGCAAAGGCCCAAAACUCUGGCAGGCUGAGCCCAGCAUUCUUGCCUUUCCCUCUGUCUGGCAGGCCUGACAUGCUGAUGCUUCUUCCCGUGCCAGCUCUUCUUGGAAGAGGCUGCUAUGCAGAAGUUGAACCAAAACCUCACAGUGCUCUCCUUAAGUUUGAGAAAUGACUGAAGCUGACUAUGGCCCGUUGCAGGGCACCUGGCUGCCCCUGAAGGACAGGGUGGCCUUUCUUCCAGCACGGGAGACAGGGUGGGUCAGGCAGAACUAGGGUGACACCUUCCCAUCUGCGUCUGUCAGAAAAUGGUUAUUACCCCUGUAGCUUAGGUCUGUCCUACAUCACUGAGCCUAUCACCCCCCUCUUCCUCUUUAAUUCCCCCGCCCCCCCCCCCAUGCCCUCACCAGUUGCACAGCUAGGCUUGAGUUACAUUUGGGGCGCCACCAUCUAGGCUCGUGCCCCACAGCCCGACCCUCCACUCUAAAGAAGGUCAUGAAGUGAUUGUACCUAGUACUGUCCCCCCACCACCCUCCUUCCGCAGCAGACUGUGGCAUGUGUCCAUUUCCUCUCUUUGACGUCUUCCAUAUUGUACGUUUCCAUAGCAAUGAUCCCUUGGCCUUAACUUUGGAAUUUGGAGACUAUAUGCAAACAUGUAAAAAGGCUCAUGAGUAUGGAUGACACUGGAAUUUUAUAAAUUCUAAAAUAAAACCUGAAACAGCU